AUGGUCGCCGCUCGCCAGUAUGCCAAGACUACGCCGGAGCCACCGAGAGGAGGAGGAGGGGGCGGCGGCGGGGCCCGGCAGGGGCAAGCCGAGCCCGGCGCCGACCGGGACAACGACGCGCCGCCCAAGAAGCGACUCAAGCUGCCGGGCGGGGCCGAGGGAGGCGGCGGCGUCAAGCUGGAGGAGCGGCUCUACUCGGUGCUGUGCUGCACGGUCUGCCUCGACCUGCCCAAGGCCUCCGUCUACCAGUGCACAAAUGGCCACUUGAUGUGUGCUGGGUGUUUCAUCCACCUGCUGGCAGACGCCCGGCUGAAGGAGGAGCAGGCGACGUGUCCCAAUUGCCGCUGCGAGAUCAGCAAGAGCCUGUGCUGCCGGAACCUGGCCGUGGAGAAAGCGGUGAGCGAGCUGCCGUCAGAGUGUGGCUUUUGCAUGCGGCAGUUCCCCCGCUCCCUGCUGGAGAGACACCAGAAAGAAGAAUGCCAGGACAGGGUCACUCGGUGCAAGUACAAGCGGAUUGGGUGCCCGUGGCAGGGUCCUUACCACGAGCUGACUGUCCACGAGGCGGAGUGCACGCAUCCCACCAAGACUGGGAAUGAGCUGAUGGAGAUCCUGGAUGAGAUGGACCAAACUCACAAGAAGGAGAUGCAGCUGUACAACAGCAUCUUCAGCCUGCUGAGCUUCGAGAAGAUUGGCUAUACAGAGGUUCAGUUCCGUCCUUACCGAACAGAUGACUUCAUCACACGCCUCUAUUACGAAACUCCGAGGUUCACGGUGCUGAACCAGACCUGGGUGCUGAAGGCCCGGGUGAACGACUCGGAGCGCAACCCCAACCUCUCGUGUAAGCGGACCCUGUCCUUCCAGCUGAUCCUCAAGAGCAAGAUCAACUCCCCCAUGGAGUGCUCGUUCCUGCUGCUCAAGGGUCCUUACGACGACGUGAAAAUCAACCCCGUGAUCUAUCACUUUGUCUUUACCAACGAGAACAACGAGACAGACUACGUGCCGCUCCCCAUCAUAGACUCCGUGGAAUGUAAUAAAUUGCUGGCAGCCAAGAACAUCAACCUGCGUCUCUUUAUAUUCCAGAUACAGAAGUAAGCAUAGCAAAAGCUCAGACCUUUCAGGAGUGACCGAGAGAGAGCGAGAGAGAGAGAGAGAGCGCACCACUGAACCAGAGUUACCUCGUACGGCUGCCUCGGCCCCCUUUUCGUGAAUCCACAAUUAUCCGAUUAUUUUUAAAGAGAACGUUUUCUGCAUGUGUGGUGUACCAGCGGCCCUGAGCGGUCGCUGCCUUGUGUCUCCAUCGAGCAGGGAACCAGCUUGACUCAGGGCACCGUGGAGGCCCCGAGUGUGUCAGGAGGGAAAGCAACACUGGUUAAUACAUUGUGAAAAAAGGCUGCAUUUGUGUCAUGGUCGUGUGUGUGAUCUCCGACAGAAUAUUGUCAGCAUGGUUGGGGGUAAGAUUUCCUGUCGUGCCUCAGUGGGUAACAUUCUGUUUCCAAAGUAGCGGGUGUUACUGGGUAGGUCUUAAGGUUCAUUUUAUUAUUGGGAUAAAGCAAAUGUGGGCUUCUUCAGUAGACACCUUCAGGGACCCCCAAGCAAAGGGGGCUGCUUCCAGUUGGGCUGAAAUAUGCCACAUUCCAAGAGUAGGAACUUUACGGAGAGGGAGGAAGACACGUCCCAAGCGCUUCACGGCACGAGCGCGUUAACAAGGCCCUGCCGCCGUCCAAAUAAUUCCCCCUCCCAGCUUUCUGUCGCCGCUGCAUACUGAUGCACUUAACGUGCGGAAGCAGGUGAUAGGAAGUGGGAAUGAUGGAAGGUUAAUAACAACGAUUGCUAAUCUUUCCUUCCUGCUGGUCUCUCUAAAACGCUGCGCCCUCAACACUGCUUGUAUCGCAAUUCACAAAAUGCGGGCCCAGAUCCCUCCCCCCCACACACACACUCUGGUCCUCGAUUUUGCCCUUUGUCAUCCUGCUCUCCCCGUCCCCUGCCUCCACCAACCAGCGUGUGAGAUGCGACAGACUUAAGGGACCUCUCUAGAACUGACCCAAUCGAGUGCAGACUUCUCGGAAUGCAGGGUGAUAAUUCUGUCUGUCUUGGGAGCUUUCCCGAUACUUUGAAAAUCCUUCCUCCCCCCCCCCUCCCUUGUGCAAAUGCGUUAACAGGCUCUUAUAGUAAUUAUGCAAUUUUACAAUGUGAUUUUAUGUAUGUAAAGUAUAUAUAGCAGGUUUAUGGAUGGGGAUUGUGUGGGGCCAUUCACCAAAUUUCAAUGAGAUCUACAGGGAUAUUUUGCUCCAUGCUCUUAAAAGUAUUUUAAACUGUGGGGGAGUUGGUGGUCGAUGAACUCUAUAUCAUGGAAACUUGUAUGUUAAGAUUUUGCAUUCAAGGUGAUUUUUCUUCCUCUCUCCCCCCCCCC